GGCGCCGCCGGGCCCUGCCUGCUGGUGUACCCCGAGGUGAAGCGCCUCAUGUUUCGCAUCGCCAUGAGGAUCCUGCUAGGCUUCCAGCCCCACCAGGCCAGCCCUGACGGCGAGCAGCAGCUGGUGGAGGCCUUUGAGGAGAUGAUCCGCAACCUCUUCUCCCUCCCCAUCGAUAUGCCUUUCAGCGGGCUCUACCGGGGCUUGCGGGCACGCAACAUCAUCCAUGCCAAGAUCGAGGAGAACAUCCGUGCCAAGAUGGCCUCCAAGGAACCUGAGGGUGGAUACAAGGAUGCGCUUCAGCUGCUAAUGGAGCACACACAGCGCAACGGGGAGCAGCUCAACAUGCAGGAGCUGAAGGAGUCUGCCACAGAGCUGCUGUUUGGGGGCCACGAAACCACUGCUAGCGCUGCCACGUCACUGAUAGCCUUCCUAGGGCUCCACCACGAUGUCCUGCAGAAAGUGAGGAAGGAGCUGCAGGUGAAGGGGUUACUGUGCAGUCCCAACCAAGAGAAGCAGCUGGACAUGGAGGUCUUGGAGCAGCUGAAGUACACGGGCUGUGUCAUCAAAGAGACCCUCAGGCUGAGCCCUCCUGUUCCUGGAGGAUUUCGAAUUGCGCUCAAGACCCUUGAGCUAAAUGGUUACCAGAUCCCUAAAGGUUGGAAUGUUAUUUACAGUAUCUGUGAUACCCAUGAUGUGGCAGAUCUCUUUACUAACAAGGAGGAAUUUAACCCAGACCGCUUCAUGUCUCCAUCUCCAGAGGAUUCUUCUAGGUUCAGUUUUAUUCCUUUUGGUGGGGGCUUGAGGAGCUGCGUGGGCAAAGAGUUUGCAAAAGUCCUUCUAAAAAUAUUUACAGUGGAGUUGGCUCGGAGCUGUGACUGGCAGCUGCUGAAUGGACCUCCUACAAUGAAAACGGGCCCCAUAGUGUACCCUGUAGACAAUCUGCCUACCAAAUUCAUAGGUUUCAGUGGCCAAAUCUGAGAGCUCAAUGCUUGCCUCUGGCUGGAUUUAUAUAUAGCAUCUAAUUAUGUACAUAGUAACUUUUUUUAUAGCAAUGAAGGCCUUCAAAUAUUUAAACUUGUAAAUGUACAAUAGUUAUUUAUGUCUUCUAAAUAUUUCAAAAGGCUAUGAUAUUUUUUUCCCCAAGCACUACAAUUAUGGGUCUCCGAUUCAUAAUUAGAUAAUGUUAUUUCUAUAGAAAUAAGUUUUCCCCUAUUUAAAAAUCUUAUUGAAAGCUGGCCAGCUAAGCAUUUGAAGACAUUUUCCAAGGGUGUAUGUAUUCAGAAAUAUUCUAAAGGCAUUGGAAACAAUGGUAACCAGCUAUUCAUCCAAAUUACCUAAAAUGGUUAUUGUUUGAGAAUGUUUUCAGUAUUAUUUGUGUCUAGAUCUUAUGUUUAAUGUAUGAAUUUUAAGUUUGAUAAUAAAAGUUUAUUUUU